UUUAACGGAAAUUUGUUCAUUUGGAUGUGAAUGUUUAAGUGGUAUUUAAUUUAGUGUAAACAGAAUCACAAUGCUGGACAUUGAAAGUAUUGUUUUAAAAAAUAUUUCUUACCUCCAUGCAAGGGAUCCUAGUAUUUUGGCUUGGAAUAGACACUGCUUGGAUGAGGUUAGGAUAAACUUGGCCGAUGAAUUAUUAAAUGAUAAUACUAGAGAAAACUCUGGAGAUCAAAAACCAGAAGAACACAACCUUCAAGUAUUUUUAAGGAUAAAAGAUGGCAUUCCCUUUGAAAACCUGUACAGCAUCGAUGGAGACAACUUAAUUUGUAAUGUGCCGGAUGGGUCCCGCGCACUCAGAAACAUAAAGGAAGGCGAGUCGAUGACCAAAAUGUAUUCUUUCACAAAAAUCUUCAACCCUCAAAUAAAACAGAUCGAAAUAUUUAACAGUAUCGUAAGAGCUAAAAUGUUAGGUUUCAUUAAUGGAAGAAAUUCCACUCUUCUCGCAUACGGCGCUUCCGGUUCUGGUAAAACGUUUACUAUUGUGGGCACCGCUGAGGAACCAGGUGUAAUACCGAGAGCGCUGGAAUACGUAUUCAGGACGAUACCUCAGUUACAAGAGGCACCAAAAGUUAUUCCCAUGCCCAACGGAGAUGUGAAGUAUAUAGACGAACAGAUGGUCCAAAUGGAAAGAUUGCAGAAGUCUGCAAUCCUCAAUGCCACCCUUAUUGACCGAACGACGCACAUUAAAACUUACAGGCAGAUGCAACAAAGGCUCAGUUCGGAAGUCGUGGCGGAAAUCGACGAUCUCGCCGACGUAUCCGUCAGCAUAUGGGUGAGCUUCGCGGAAAUAUACAACGAGAACAUCUACGACCUACUAAAAACGCCUCCACCGAGAGGGAAACAACGUCCUAGGCUACGUCUCGGCAACUCGAAAGAUGGCUGCUUCAUAAAAGACCUUACCAGCGUCCACGUAACGUCCGGGAUCGAGGCGUACCAGAUUCUCCAGUUCGGUCUUCAUAACCUCAAAUAUGCCGCCACUUCGGUGAAUUCCCAUUCCAGUAGGUCGCACUGCAUAUUUACAAUCAAAUUAAUCCAGGUCUCCGAGACGGACAAAGGAAUGUAUAUCAGCACCUUUAAUUUUUGCGACCUGGCCGGAUCGGAGCGUGUGAAAAAGACUAUGAACGUCGGCGAUAGACUGAAGGAAUCCAAUAACAUAAAUACCUCUCUGCUAGUUUUAGGUAAGAUAUACUUGUAUGUUUGUUUUAAAUGGUUUUAUGGGAGAGCAAUUCUGACUUUCCUGUUAAUUUUAAACGUAUUAAAAUUUUCGUCUUUAAUGCAACAAAGGCUCAGUUCGGAAGUCGUGGCGGAAAUCGACGAUCUCGCCGACGUAUCCGUCAGCAUAUGGGUGAGCUUCGCGGAAAUAUACAACGAGAACAUCUACGACCUACUAAAAACGCCUCCACCGAGAGGGAAACAACGUCCUAGGCUACGUCUCGGCAACUCGAAAGAUGGCUGCUUCAUAAAAGACCUUACCAGCGUCCACGUAACGUCCGGGAUCGAGGCGUACCAGAUUCUCCAGUUCGGUCUUCAUAACCUCAAAUAUGCCGCCACUUCGGUGAAUUCCCAUUCCAGUAGGUCGCACUGCAUAUUUACAAUCAAAUUAAUCCAGGUCUCCGAGACGGACAAAGGAAUGUAUAUCAGCACCUUUAAUUUUUGCGACCUGGCCGGAUCGGAGCGUGUGAAAAAGACUAUGAACGUCGGCGAUAGACUGAAGGAAUCCAAUAACAUAAAUACCUCUCUGCUAGUUUUAGGACGAUGUAUCAGCAACAUCAGAUCUGCCCAACAGCUAAAAGACAACCGAUUAAUACCAUUUCGUGAAUCGAAGCUCACACAAUUAUUUCAAAAAGCGUUGAUGGGUCUGGAGAAUAUCAUGAUGAUCGUGAAUAUCAACCCGUCACGUGACAUGUUCGACGAAUCACAGCACGUAUUGAAUUUCUCAGCUAUAGCGAAGGAAAUAUCGGUAGAUCAACCCAAAUUGACAAAGCCAAAGAAGAAGAAUCGAUUUUCUCUAUACAUGGAAGGUGGUGCCAUAGAGGAAGUCCAGGAGGAGGACGAAAAGGACAUCGAAAUGAACAGACUGAAAGAGAUUAUAUCGGAUUUGUACACGGAAAUCGAAAACAUGCGAAGGGAAUUCAAAAUCGAACAAAAAAUGGAAAGAGACUACAUAAUAUCUUCUUACAAAGAAUUCAUCGACAGAUUAACUCAGGACAAAGAUAGGGCCAUUAAUGAAGUGAAAAAAGAACUGGAGGAAGCGAAUAAACUCGUCAACUAUUACUCCAAUAUCCUAGACCAGGAGGACGUUAUAAGUGUGGACAGUUCCAGCGAAGAUGAGGAUUCACCAUCGAAACUUUUCAAGAAAGAGAAAGAGGACCUCGAAAAAAUUAUAUCGGAACAAAAUAGUGAAAUAAAUAACCUACGGGGCGAGCUCCGCGACGUGAGAUUUGAAAUGGAAAGGUUAGAAAAAGAGGUCCAAGUCGUGCCGAAAUUGAGAGAGAAUAUUAAGAAUUUAACGGAAGACCAGAGCAAUUUAAAAGUAACACUAAUAGAAGCCAAGGAGGCAUAUUCCGAGUUACAGUCAGAGAUACAGGAAGAGCAAGAUAAAAACAAAAAGUUGACGUCCGAGAACCUGCAGUUGAAAGAAAGAGUGGAAUACUUGGAGGAACAAUUAUCAUUAGCAAAUAUUUCCAACUAAAACUGCUAUUUUUUUAUUGAA